AUGAAUAUGCCAGUUCUUAUAACACAUAAUAUCGCCACAGAACUACAUAUUUCAAAUGGUUCAAUUGGUCGACUGGUGCAUUUAGUAUAUGAUAAUGAUGAUGAAAACUCAAAUAAUAAUAAUAAUAAUAAUAUUAGAGAUGCUAAAUUUCCAGUUAAUAUGAAAUAUAUUCAAAAACCAUUGUAUGCUUUUGGUAGAAUUACCACAAGGCAAACUUUCUUUCACUUUUAGUAGAUCUAGAAUCGACCAUGAUACCUAUUCUGCCUGAACAAAAAACAAUUAAAAUCGAUCUAAAAUCGUUUGUCACUCCAACGCAAAAAAGACUA